UUCCAUUAAGAAUACAUCUAUCUUCAACCUCCCCUUCCCUAUACCCAUGGCUCUCUCUAAGCUUCUAGUUGCUUCCCUUCUUGCUUCAAUUCUCCUUCUUCAUGUUGUUGAUGCUUAUCAACCGGCAUUCGCGCCAACGCAGGGUACUGUUCUUCAGCAGAUAGAUUGCAAUGGAGCAUGUGCUGCGAGGUGCCGUUUAUCAUCUCGUCCAAAUCUAUGCCACAGAGCAUGUGGGAGUUGUUGUAGAAGAUGCAAUUGCGUACCACCAGGCACUGCUGGCAAUGAAGAAGUGUGUCCCUGCUAUGCCAGUUUGACUACACAUGGUGGUCAACACAAGUGCCCUUAGACUUUGACUUCCA